AUGCCCACAAUAGUUCUUUGCGGCUUCAAACCUGUGCAGCGCUUGGAACAGUAUUUUCGUCCAUCUGUGCUACUGAAAGGCGAGAAGUUGUACGCUACAAGACGCGUUUAUGACGUGAAGGAGACUGACGGCCUUGUUGUACGGGCAAGAUGUCAUUCUCAGCAAGGGAAACAGCUGUACAUCGUCUCUUUGCUGCCCCGAAAGGCCGAGUGCAAUGUACUCGAAGGCUCAUGCGACUGCAGGUACGGCAUGGCUGGCAACUGCAAGCAUUGCGCUGCCGUUGCCGUUUAUAUGAACAGAAAAGAGGAAGCGCCAUGCACAUUUCAACCGCAGAGGCGGCAUCAAGAAAGGCGUUUUUGCAUUAGCAGCUCCACGGCGCACAAUAUUCUCAGAAGCAGAAAAACCCCCGGGAAUUGGCUAACAUUGUCAAGAACACACAGAUACUACACACAGGCCCAGCUACUAAUGUUUAUAUGCAAUCUCGAAGAGUGCUUUUUUAUAUAUACUGAGAAGAACAACAUUAUUUUGUUGUAUGAAUAA